AUGGAGCCGUGGAAGUCACUACUGCUGCUGCUGCUAGUGGUGGUGCCCCUCCUGCAGGCCCGGGCCGGAGCCCCCGGGCAGGGGCAGGGCCGCGCCCGGGGCACGCUGCACCGCUUCCCGCCGGCGCAGGAGCGCGUCGCCGGGCACCACCUGCCCAGCUACAUGGUGCACCUCUACCGGAACUUCACCCGGCCCGCGGACGCCGCGGAGCUGGAGGCGGACACGGUGAGGAGUUUGAUAGCGAGAGGGCUGGUGCACAAGCACGGGCGCUGGGCGGCAACCUUUGACCUCCACGCCCUCCUGGCAGUCCACCAGAUCCAGGCGGCCGAGCUGAGGGUCCGCUUCUCUCCGGCCGCUUCCAACGUGUCCGUGGCCGUGUACCACCAGCACGGCCCGCAGUGCAAGGCGGUGCCGAGGGCCUGCAAGGAGCACCCCCAGCAGCUGGUGGGCCUCCUCACGGAGUCCGCCUUGGUCUCCUCCUCCCACAGCUGGAGGGUCUUCAACAUGACGGGCCCGCUCCUAAGCUGGCUCCAGGAGAAAUCCGCCUUCAUUCGCCGCAAAAGAGCGUCCAGGAGGAGAAAGGCGGAGCUCCCUGACUCCAGCAGGGAGCAGGAAGUGAGCCACCGAGCCUUGCUGGUCAUCUUCUCCCGCACCGCCUCGGACCAGGACUCCAAAGCCAAAGCCAGCCUUCUCCACACGGCGGAACGCUCCAAGUUCUUGGCCCCGGCAGAAAUCAAAAAGCCACGUUGGCCCCCCAAGCGGAGGAGAAGCAAACGAGGACAGAGGGAACAGAUGGCGAGGAGCCCGCCAGCGUCUAAAAGGGGAACGGUGGACAAGACUCUGUGCCGCAGAGUGGACAUGCAGGUGGACUUUAAUCAGAUCGGAUGGGGGUCCUGGAUCAUCUUCCCUAAAAGAUACAACGCUUAUCGAUGUGAGGGGUCCUGCAUUGGACCGGUGGGUGCGGAUUUGAACCCGACCAAUCACGCUUACAUGCAGAGUUUACUCAAGCAUUACAAGGAGGACAAGGUGGCGGCGCCUUGCUGCGCUCCCAACAAAAUGAGCCCGCUCAGCAUGCUCUACUACGAGAACGGCGAGAUGCUCCUGCGCCAUCACGAGGACAUGAUCGUGGACGAGUGCGGCUGCCAGUGACAAAAACGUGCUGUGGGAACAAACUAUUUUUUUUUUUACAUUUAUUUUAAUCACUCUGAAGCUCUUUUUGUUGUCGCCAGGCACUGUUAUGACUGCUGCUGAUCCCUCCGUGCAGAAAUAGGAUGAGUGAAGCACGAGUCAUUUCAAGAAGUGCUGAAAUACAACACACUGUUCUCUCCUUUUAACUUAUCCAUUUUGGUCAUGCAAAC